UUCUAUCAUUAGCUGCUGCCGUCAUUUCAUCUCCUCCUCCACCAAAUCCAAACCCACCUCCACAACCACCGCCGUGAAAAAAUGAAGUACAACCCACGAGUCAGCAGCUCCCGUCGCAAGAACAGGAAAGCCCACUUCACAGCACCGUCAAGCGUCCGUCGUGUGCUGAUGUCAUCCCCACUUUCAACCGAGCUCCGAACCAAGUACAACGUGAGGUCAAUGCCGGUUCGCAAAGACGACGAGGUUCAAAUCGUCCGUGGAACAUACAAAGGACGUGAAGGAAAAGUUGUCCAAGUGUAUCGUAGGAAAUGGGUUAUUCACAUUGAAAGAAUCACGCGUGAAAAAGUCAGUGGAACAACUGUUAACGUUGGAAUCAAUCCGUCAAAAUGUUUGAUCACAAAAUUGAAACUUGAUAAGGAUAGGAAGGAUUUGCUUGAUAGGAAGGCGAAAGGUCGUGCUGUUGGUGAUAAGGAGAAAGGGGAAAAGUUUACUGCUGAAGAUAUCAUGCAGAACAUUGAUUGAUUGGUUUUGGUCAUUUGUUUCUGUCUCUAAAUCUUAUUAUUAUUGUUAUAUGGUUAGUUGUUUUUUUAUGUUUUAUGGUGAUACUGCUUUUGAGGCCUAAUUUUGGUGUUUAAGUAAUAUGGUCAUGGAUUAUGGUUAUGUGAACCUUUUGGUAUCUGAUGAGAUUUAAGGAUUUGGUAAUA